GAGGGUGAAACUUUGGUUGAUAAGGUGGUCUCAUUACUCGCCUCUAUCUCUCUGCGCUUUAAAACAUCAGAAAAUGGCGUCCUAUUUCAUAUCUAGUGCUCGCUUUUGCACUUCCAAAUUCCCAAUCGCUGUGCAUCUAUCAAAGCCCCUCCUUCUCCCUUCAAAACCCUCAAAAUUUCCAUUCUCUUCCAACAGAUUUAUAUCUUUCCAAAACAUCCCUACCAAAUCCCCACCUCCGCUUCUUUCAUCUUCCUCAACCUCCACCCCCCUCCAACCAAUGGAAGAACUCCCUCCUAAGCUCCAAGAUAUCAUCAAGCUUUUCCAGUCGGUUGAAGAACCCAAGGCCAAGUACGAGCAGCUCAUGUUUUAUGGAAAAAACUUGAAACCCCUUGAUGCCCAGUUCAAAACUAAGGACAACAAAGUUGAGGGCUGUGUUUCUCAGGUUUGGGUCAGGGCUUACCUUGAUGAAGAUAAGAAUGUUUACUAUCAAGCAGAUUCUGAUUCUGUUUUAACCAAAGGACUCGCUGCUUUGCUGGUUAAUGGAUUGUCUGGAAGGCCAGUCCCGGAAGUUUUGAAGAUUUCUCCUGAUUUUGCUGUGCUUCUUGGGCUGCAACAGAGCUUGACACCUUCAAGGAACAAUGGGUUUCUGAACAUGUUGAAGUUGAUGCAAAGGAAAGCACUUGAGUUGCUUAUUGAAGCUGAGAAGGGUAGUGGGUCUUCAGGUAAUGGUCAGAUUGUGAAUGAUAACAGUGAAAAACCUGUUGAGAGUUCAAGUUUAGAUUCAAAAGCUGAUGAGAAUUCUGGUGUUGGAUCGAGUUCUUUAAAAGGUAGUGAAGAAAGUUCAAAUGGUUUGGGAAGUAGAGGAAUGAGGAUCAAAGAGAAGCUGGAAAGGGAGCUUAGUCCUAUUGAAUUGAAAGUGGAGGAUGUUUCUUAUCAGCAUGCUGGACAUGCUGGUGUGAGGGGUAGUGAUGGGGAAACACAUUUUAAUCUGAAAAUUGUGUCCAAGGAAUUUGAAGGGAAGAGUUUGGUUAAAAGGCAUAGAUUAGUUUAUGGUUUGUUGGAUCAGGAAUUGCAGAGUGGAUUGCACGCCUUGUCUAUCGUGGCAAAGACACCCUCUGAAGUUGAAGCAAAAUGAAGAGAUGUUCAUGAAUAGUGAAAAACAUGGUCUUUUUUAAUACAUUUUAGUAUGCUUUACUUUGUAGGUUCUCCAGAAGUGCUUAACUGAGAAAUGAGAUUUUUUGUACCUUGGAUUUUUUUUUUUUUUGUUAAAUAACUGCCUGUGUGGCUGUUCUGUUUGGAUAA